CAGUCCAGUGUACACUGUUGAUCCGAGUUGGCUAACGGUCGAUGCUGCGUGAGUGUAUGUCAAUCGCUUCUUAUCUUGUUCAACAAGACGUGCCAAAUAGCUAGCUAGUAGCCCAGGCUACACAUUGAUGCCCCGGUAAGUGAAAUGUAGUAUGCUUGCUACCCUAGACACAUGUAUUUGUUAUUGAAUAGCUAAUGCCAUUUAUUCAUCUCGUUAGCCAUGUUAGCUAGCCUAGCCAGCUAAUAGCCAACAUAGGCGGUAAACAACAUCAACCCCGUUGUUUAGCUAACAUUACCUCGCUCUCUGGCCUAACUAGCUACAAUACUGCUAGCUAAAUAACAUUAACGCUAUACAACAACGUUGAAGUGGCUUUUUAACAGCUAGCUAACUAAGCAAUAUUUCUCACGUUCUCUUGGAUAUCUAGCUAGCUAGCUAGCGAUAGCUAAUUCCAAUGUUGUUCGGUAACUUGCCUAUACGACUGCAAGCCGUUCGCUACAUUUACUUGCUAGCUAAUGUUAGCUUCAGCAUUUGGGAGUUCGCUUUAAUACCAAAUGUGUAUCUAUAAAUAAACCAAGAUAGACCAAAGCCUGUCGUUACAAAAUGGGAACAAGUUAGUCAUAGUGGGCAGAACAAUAAGGAGGUGGGCAGAGCCAAGCACGAGGUAGCAAGAUCCCAUUGGCGCGUUCUAGCAUAUAUUGGCAUAUUUCAGUUAGGGAACGCCUACUCUGUGAAGUGCGCGUGUGCAAUAACUCAGUUCGCCUUUGCACUCCUUCUCAGUAACGCAAUUUUUUGAAACUUUAGCAAAGGGUAAAGUCUACACUGUUGGUAGCAGAUUAUAGUUUGGGAACAGAAAACUAUUGAGAUCAAAGGUUUCAUCAAUGAGAAAAUGUGCAGAAUUUCGGCCAAAAUCCAUCUCGUUCCAUCUUCUACCACUGCUGGCCACUUGGCUUCCUCUCACUACCAUAUUUGGUAGUGAGUGGAAACGCCAAGCUGACGCUUCACAUUUUUACAUCCGGUGAAAUAUCUGUUUAAUUGUUCUAUCUGUGUUAAUACUAGCUAGCAAGGUACAUUUCCAUGGUCCGUAGUUAUGUUGUUGUAGCUAUUUUGCUAUGUUAGCUAGAUAACGUUAGCUAAAACGAUGCAUUUCCCAGUGGUGGAAAAAGUACCCAAUUGUCAUACUUAAGUAAAAGUAAAGAUACCUUAAUAGAACAUUUUACAUUUUAGUCAUUUAGCAGACGCUCUUAUCCAGAGCGACUUACAGUUAGAAAUGACUCAAGUAAAAGUGAAAUUCACCCAGUAAAAUACAACUUGAGUAAAAGUCUAAAAGUAUUAGGUUUUAAAUAUACUUAAGUAUCAAAAGUAAAUGUAAUUGCUAAAAUAUACUUAAGUAUCAAAAGUAUAAAUCAUUUCAAAUUCCUUAUAUUAGGCAAACCAGAUGACACAAUUGUCUUGUUUUUUUUAUUUAUUUACAGAUAGCCAGGGGUACACUCCAACACUCAGACAUAAUUUAGAAACAAAACAUUUGUGUUUAGUGAGUCCGCCAGAUCAGAGGGAGUAGGGAUGACCAGGGAUGUUCUUUUGAUAAGUGUGUGAAUUGGACAAUGUUCCUGUCCUGCUAAGCAUUCAAAAUGUAAGAGUACUUUUGGGUGUCAUGAAAAAUGUAUGGAGUAAAAAGUAAAAAAUUUUUUUAUUUACGAAUGUAGUGAAGUAAAAGUUGUCAAUAAUAUAAAUAGUAAAGUACAGAUACCCCAAGAAAACGACAUAAGUAGUACUUUAAAUAAGUUUUACUUAAGUACAUUACACCACUGGCAUUUCCUUUUUUCUCACUGUGAAAUGCCCAAAAUGCCCCAUUUCAACAACACUAGCAACUUGUAGCCUCUUCAGACCAAUUGACUGUCCCUCUUCUGUUCCCAUGUGUUUGGCAAUCUGAUUCAUGGAUGGAUGUGGCCCCCAUACACUGGAUGAAUGUGGCUCCCACACAUACUAUACCCAUAGCGUCUUGUGCCAAACCUGGAGCUUACUUACAACAACUGCAAACAGUUUUCAGUAGGGAAGGUGUAUGUCUGGCAGGUGUGCUGUCAUUAAAGCAUUCACAUUAGAUCUAAUGCGCUCAAACGUUAUCACCCCAGGCUGUUUUGUAGAUUUUUGCAUGGUUUCCAUAUGGGGUGCAAUGUAGUUAUUUAGGCUAGAUGUUGCUACAGAAUUGUUAACAGGAUAUGCGAUUCUCUAUACCCUUUACAGGUUCGCUAAUUGAAAGCCUCAUACAAGGAAUUUUAACUAACCUGUUAUUGAUGAUACUUUCUUCAUUCUCGAUUCUGUGAAAAAAUAUUAUCUUAGAAAUGUCCAGUGAAAGCUCAGAAAGAUAUUAAAUCCAUGUUUUGCACCUAGUGAUGAGUUCCCUCGCCAUUUUAGCUGCCAGACAUCUUGCAUUUCCCAACAUCUUUACAGGAAGUAGUUGUAUUUUUUUGGGUGGAAUUUUCAUUGUUGGACAUAAAAGCCUAUUCCCCCUCAGGAGACUGAAAAUAUUUGGCAUGGGUCCUCAGAUCCUCAAAAAGUUAUACAGCUGCACCAUCGAGAGUAUCCUGACUGGUUGCAUCACCGCCUGGUAUGACAACUGCUCGGCCUCCGACCGCAAGGCACUACAGAGGGUAGUGCGUUCGGCCCAGUACAUCACUGGGGCCAAGCUUCCUGCUGUCCAGGACCUCUAUACCAGGCGGUGUCAGAGGAAAGCCCUAAAAAUUGUCAAAGACUCCAGCCACCCUAGUCAUAGACUGUUCUCUCUGCUACCGCACGGCAAGCGGUACCGGAGCGCCAAGUCUAGGUCCAAAAGGCUUCUUCUAACCCCAAGCCAUAAGACUCCUGAACAGCUAAUCAUGGCUACCCAGACUAUUUUCCCCCGCAGAUUGGCUCUGUACCAGUACCCCCUGUAAAUAGCCUCCCUACUGUUAUUUUAUUUUACUGCUGCUUUAAUGAUUUUUUAUCUUUAUUUUUUACUUAUCUAUUUUUUACUUGACACUUUUUUAUUUUCUUAAAACUGCAUUGUUGGUUAAGGGCUUGUAAAUAAGCAUUUCACUGUAAGGUAUACAUACACCUGUUGUAUUCGGGGGAUGUGGCAAAUAAACAUUUUAUUUGAAAAGACUGUAAAAAACACCAAGUGACUUUAAUGUAAGAAAUCUGUUCCCCCAAGCAUUCCCACAGAUAAUAGAGAUAUAUGUGAUUGUAUACAAACGCAAGCAAGGUUUGAAAUGAUGUUUUAGUCAAACAUUAUAUCUGUUUGGGCUUCUUGUGGUCAAUUUGCUGUCUACAAAUUAUUUGUAAUUAUGUUCCGGCCACGACCAUCCGCUCAAGUUAAAAAUCGGCCCGUGGCUGAAUCUAGUUGAGGAUUCCUGGCAUACAGCAUAUUAUGAUCAUGUAGGGCAGGGGUGUCAAACGUACGGCCCGUGGGCCGGAUCAGGCCCGCAAACGGGUUUAAUCCGGCCCGCGAUAUGAUUAUGAAAAAAAAAAUAUAUAUAUAUAUAUUUUUUUUAAGUAUAAAAAUGUGCUGCAAUUUUUCUAUAAAAUAAACUGCUGUUCCAAUUGCGUCCACUGGAUGGCGCAAUAGCAAUUGUGUUAAGCAAGCAAACUGUUUAUACCAGGGCAGAGCAAGUAGGUCAAGCACGUGCAGCCAAUGAGCUACUUUGUUUUGCCCGCGAUAUUUAUUACGGCUUCUACUUUUAACAUUAUGUGCUUUGGCACCCUCAUUGCCCCAAUAUGUCUCUGUCAAAAAAGAGAAAAGUGGACGCAGAGUGCAGAGUGUUCCAAGAAAAAUGGUCAUCCUAUUUAAUCACGGAAUUGAAUUGGAAAGCUGUAUGUUUGGUGUGUUCAGAGCAUGUUGCAGUGCUGAAAGAAUAUAACCUUCGUCGCCACUAUGUGAGUCUUCAUGCCGACAAAUAUGACAACUUUCAAGGACAGCGGAGAUGAGAGAAGGUGAAUGAACUGUUGGCGGGUCUGAAGAAACAGCAGUCUGUGUUUACUCACAGCCAAGACAUCAGUGACGCUGCAGUGAAAGCUAGCUACCUCAUUGCUAAUGAAAUCGCAGUGGCUUCAAAAGCAUUUAGUGAGGGUGAAUUUGUAAAAACAUGCAUGAUGAAGGCAGCGGAGAUUGUGUGCCUUGAAAAGCGGCAGGCUUUUGCAAAUAUCAGCCUGACAAGAAACACCGUUGCAGACAGGAUUUCCGAUCUUUCAGUGGAUUUGGACAGCCAGUUGAAGCAAAAAGUAAAGUCAUUUAUUGCGUUUUCGGUUGCAAUUGAUGAAAGCACGGACAUUACAGAUGUUGCACAACUGGCCAUUUUUUCAUCCGCGGAGUUGAUGACACAUUGACCGUCACCGAGGAGUUCGUGGAGUUGGUGCCGAUGACAGAUACAACGACAGCAGCUGAUAUUUUUACCGCACUCGUCGGCGCGCUGGACAGGGUCGGAGUGGACUGGUCCCGCGCUGUCAGCCUGGCUACAGAUGGUGCGCCCUCAAUGAUCGGGAAAAAAGCAGGCGUUGUGACAAAUUUCAGAGAGAAAGUGCAAUCUGCAAAUGGAGGACGUGAUUUUUUGACUUUUCACUGUAUUUUGCACCAGGAGGCUUUGUGUUGCAAGUCAUUAAAGAUGGAUAACGUCAUGAAGGUGGUCAUCCAAACUGUUAAUUUCAUCCAAUCCAGAAGCCUGAAUCACCGUCAGUUUGACAGCCUUCUCAGAGAGAAAGACCACAUCAAUGGCCUGCCAUACCACACUGAGGUAAGAUGGUUAAGCCGAGGUGCUGUGCUGAGGCGUUUCUUUGAUUUACGAGAAGAAAUUGAACAGUUCAUGGAAGAAAAGGGCAAACCAGUGUUAGAAUUUCAUUCCGCAGAAUGGAUGCCGGACCUUGCAUUUAUGGUGGAUGUUACAGAGCACCUGAAUAACUUGAACAAACAGCUGCAAGGGCGCAACAAAGUUGUCACGCAGUAUUAUGACAGCAUAUGUUCUUUCAAGUUGAAGCUGUCAUUGUGGGAGACGCAACUUGCCGGUGGUGAUGCAGCUCACUUCCCCUGUCUGAAAAAUGUGUGCGCGACCCAACAUGUGGCAGACAUGAAGCGGUUCAAAGAUAAAAUAACUGGACUGUUACGGGAGUUUGAGCAACGCUUUCAGAUUUAUGUUUAUAUGUUUUUAUGUUGAUGUGCUAUUGUUUUUAAUUGAUUUUAUUUUAUUUGUAUAUUUAACCUAUUCUUGACUCUGUGGUUCUUGCACUUGUUUGGGGAACAGGAUUUCAUUAUUUUUAUCUACAUUUCUGCCUGAGAAAUGACACCCUGAUAUAGUUCUGUGAUCUGUGAAACAGUUCUGUUAAUCACUGAGGCAUUGUGUGUUUGUGUGUUCUUUUUCUUUAGAAUUUUCAAAUAAACUUGACGUGUUUUAUGAUUAAUAGUGAUGUUGUGCUUGUACUAUUUUGGACACACUGUCCUCAGGCUCCAGCUUUAUGUUGUAUGUUGAUCGUAUUAAAACAAAGAAAACAAUCUGAAGUUGUUGUUUUUAAGUUAUAUAUAUACCAUGAUUUUUCCGGUCCGGCCCACUUGGGAAUAGAUUUUCCUCCAUGUGGCCCCUGAGCUAAAAUGAGUUUGACACCCCUGAUGUAUGGGGUGGCUGCGCGCGUGCGUGCGUAUGUCUACACUUUGUGUAACAGUUAGCAAUUAUGCUAAUGAUUACCUUCUGGUGAUUCUAUCAAAUCAAAUUUUAUUUGCCACAUGCGCCGAAUACAACAUGUGUAGACCUUACAGUGAAAUGCUUACUUACCUUAACCAACAAUGCAGUGUUAAGUAAAAAAUAGAUAAGUAAGAAUAAAAAUAACAAAUAAUUAAAGAGCAGCAGUAAAAUAAAAUAACAGCAGGGAGGCUAUAUACAGGAGGUACCAUUACAGAGUCAAUGUGCGGGGGCACCGGUUAGUUGAGGUAAUUGAGGUAAUAUGUACAUGUGGGUAGAGUUAAAAUGACUAUGCAUAGAUAAUAAACAGAGUAGCAGCAGCGUAAAAGAGGGGAUGGGGUGGGGUGGGGGGGACAAUGCAAAUAGUCCGGGUAGCCAUGAUUAGCUGUUCAGGAGUCUUAUGGCUUGGGGUUAGAAGCUGUUAAGAAGCCUUUUGUUCAUCCCCAAAAAGUUGCAAGGAACCGAACAUUAGACAAUGCAAUGUGCAUUCAAUAAAAUUAACAGAAUGUAGGUAUUCCUUGUGUAUGCCUGGACAGACAGGAAGUGCAGUGAGCAUAUGGUUUGCCCUUGUUCUAUUUGCAGAGUGUUUGUGUUUAUGCAAACAGGCGUACUCCUGCAUAUUAAACCACAGCACCUGCUCAUGUGUGCACAGUCCACAUAGGCUACACACUUCUUACGCUACUGCUUUGAACUCAGCUGAACACCUACAGCGCUGUGCUUUUUCUGCCAAGGUAAGGAUGGUGUACUAUUGUAAAGAUGUGCAGAACAGUUGGUUUGAUAUUUUGACUAGAACCCAGUCUCUCGUUGGUGAUUAUUCUACUAAUUUGACCUUUCUAUAGUCCGCUUUGUUCUAAUUCUAAAUGUGUUUUUUCUUUCUCAUUCAUCUCUAUUACAAAUCUAUGGUAGGCUAGGCUAUAUCUAAGAGUCAGGAUUGAAAUGCAUUGUUGCAUUGUGGUAUAGACUAGGCCUAUAUUUUCAGUUCUGACAGUUGAAGUAGGAAUUCAGAGGAUUCCCUUCUACCCUAAAAACCUAAUGUUUGUGUUGCUUGUCUGCUGUGCUAGCAGCACUGGAUCCGACAUUGGGAAUGUUGAAGGGCAUUAGGAUGAAACACUGUUUUGUGUGCAAAUACACCCUUGGCUGCUGUAGCCUAAAAUAAACAGAAAUCAGUUUCGCUGUGGAAUGAAAAGGCUAGUAGGUACUGAAGUCAGACUUGAUAGGCAAUGCAAUAUUGUAUCUUACCUUAGCCUAUGUUUCAGCUUGCUCUAGAAGUAGAUAGGCAUAAAUACAUCCAUAAAAUGUAUCUACGUGUUUAGCUAAGUGGACAUUUGAAUCUUCCCAGCUCAAAGAGCUUGUUUGUCUGUUGCUGUUUAUUUUAGCUGUGUUGCUUUUGAGUCGAACGCUCCCCCAACUGUACACACAGCCCUUCCUUUAAUGAAGUAUUGUGCUGCCUGCCAGAUCUGUUUAUCACACCACCUGGUUAAUGUUAAAUUGCUACAGAAGGACGACAUGUUUACUCAUUAACACCGACCCAGGACCCCUUUGUUUACCGUAGCCAUGGCAGCAAUCAGCUACUCAACAAAUAUCUCCGGUUUAUGUUGGCAAGAGGGGAAACUGUUGAUUAGUUAAAGCAGAGUAACAUCUUGUCUUUCUCUGUUGAUCUGAAACAUUAUUGAUGAUGUUUCUAGGAUAAGAUAGGAGAUUGUCUUCAGUAAGAAACUGCAUGUGGGCAUUUCCAUCUAAAAGGACCCAUGAGCACCAACAUGUGAAGUUCAUAGGAGCAUGUCAAAUGAAAGCUAAGAGUCUAUAUUUUUUAGAAAUGAUUUGCCUUCUGUAAAUUUAAGAAACAUUUCCUUGUGCCUUGUAAUUCCGUUACCAAAAACCCAUAUCUUGUAAGAUAUUUUCUAAUUUCUCUCCCUCAUGAGGGAGGAUAAUGAACGUUCACAGAAGUAACAAGUAAAGGUAGACCUACCUAUUAGUUAUAGAGUUUUUAUUUAUUUGUUUAUGAAUUAUUUAAGUGUUUAAAACCCAUAAUUAUGUUACCAAAUCAGUAACGUAAUUACUGCAAUUGAAUUGGCUACAAUCGGAAAUCAUAUUCAUCAACCACAGUUGGGUCACCUGCAACUGUCCUUCCUUCCACUGGCAUACUGUUCAGCUCAUAACUUUUGUCUGGUGGUCAAAGCAAGACUGUGAAAACAGUCUGGUCCUUUCUGUCUGUCUGUGUCUGUCUGUCUGUCUUUCAGUUAAUGUCACCUCUUCCUGCUUUUACUACCACCUAACCACUUUCCAUUUAGUGUAACAAGCCUCCUCACCCACUGACCACCGACCGAAACCAGAGAUCAAUGGACAGCACAGUACAGAAUAGUAGAGCACACUAGAGUGGAGUACAAUAUCAUGUACUGAACAUAUCUACUUUACUGUGCUAUACUGUGAUUUCCAAACUUGUAAAUCAUAGACAUCUGAUUGUUUCAGAUGUGGUCUUGUUUGGGGGUGGCGCUCAUUACAAGAAUAGCUAGUGUGUAGCAUAAUACCCAAAUAUGCAAACAAAGGAUAUUGCAUAUUUCUACUUUUAUGUACCUAUUCAGGAUACAUCACCAUGAAGAGAAUGGAAAUUCAUAUCCAUAAUUAUGCAUUUCUGUAUAAUACAGGUCAGGAUGUAAUUCUGUUACUGUAAUUCCAUUACCGGAUGUAAACCCACUUCCCCUACUGUAGUUCAAUAACACUUUUUUUUCUCCUAAUUCAAGGUGUCAUGUAGCUGACACCCCAUUCUUUCUGCAAACUUCUUUGAAUCUUAAUUCAGAGCAGAUAUUUAAGAGUUUUUGGAGAACGUGGUCGCAAUAAAAAACGGAGGGAGAUUUUACCGUAAUUCUGUUACCAAACUUUGCAUCUGCACAGUUUGUCGAGUAAAUGUGUUUUUGUGAAAUUUCGGUGUAAAUUGUUCAAAGUUGUCCGUGUGCAUGUAGUUGUAUGGUUUGUUAAACUUUGAAAUCAAUGGUUUCUAUUUGACAUACAUUUUAAAUGGAAAAAUCUGAGUCCAAGCUUAAUUCCGUUAGUGUGGAAUUGCCCAUGUUCAUAUGUAAUUGUUCAAAAAUAAAUGUAGCCUAAGAUCAGUAUUGUGGAAAGUCAUUGUCAAUUUACAUGAAGUUUACAGCUGCUCUCUCUUGUUCUGUUCUCAGGUCAGUGAGUCCAGAUGCAUGAGUCUGGGUCAGAACAGACAGCCUGCACCAGUCCAGCCAAUCAGACAGAGAAUGGGGACAGUGCUGAGAAGGAUGAUUGGCUGAGCACUCAGACUCCAACUCCAGAGGGUUCUGGGGCUGACAGCCAGCAGCAAAACCAGGUUACUAAACUUGCUUACUUUCCACCACUAAAGCAUACAGUGCCUUGCAAAAGUAUUCAUCCCCCUAUACUUUUUCCUAUUUUGUUGCAUUACAACCUGUAAUUUAAAUGGAUUUUUAUUUGGAUUUCAUGUAAUGGACAUACACAAAAUAGUCCAAAUUGGUGAAGUGAAAUGAAAAAAAUAACUUGUUUCAAAAAAUUCAAAAAAAUCUAUAACGGAAAAGUGGUGCGUGCAUAUGUAUUCACCCCCUUUGCUAUGAAGCCCCUAAAUAAGAUCUGGUGCAACCAAUUACCUUCAGACAUCACAUAAUUAGUUAAAUAAAGUCUACCUGUGUGCAAUCUAAGUGUCACAUGAUCUGUCACAUGAUCUCAGUGUAUAUAUACACCUGUUCUGGAAGGCCCCAGAGUCUGCAACACCACUAAGCAAGGGGCACCACCAAGCAAGCGGCAUCAUGAAGACCAAGGAGCUCUCCAAACAGGUCAGGGACAAAGUUGUGGAGAAGUACAGAUCAGGGUUGGGUUAUAAAAAAAUAUCAGAAACUUUGAACAUCCCACGGAGCACCAUUUAAAUCCGUUAUUAAAAAAUGGAAAGAAUAUGGCACCACAACAAACCUGCCAAGAGAGGGCUGCCCACCAAAACUCACGGACCAGGCAAGGAGGGCAUUAAUCAGAGAGGCAACAAAGAGACCAAAGAUAACCCUGAAGGAGCUGCAAAGCUCCACAGCGGGGAUUGGAGUAUAUGUCCAUAGGACCACUUUAAGCCGUACACUGGGCUUUACGGAAGAGUGGCCAGAAAAAAGCCAUUGCUUCAAGAAAAGAAUAAGCAAACAGAUUUGGUGUUCGCUAAAAGUUAUGUGGGAGACUCCCCAAACAUAUGGAAGAAGGUACUCUGGUCAGAUGAGACAAAAAUUGAGCUUUUUGGCCAUCAAGGAAAACGCUAUGUCUGGCGCAAACCCAACACCUCUCAUCACCCCGAGAACACCAUCCCAACAGUAAAGCAUGGUGGUGGCAGCAUCAUGCUGUGGGGAUGUUUUUCAUCGGCAGGGACUGGGAAACUGGUCAGAAUUAAAGGAAUGAUGGUGGCUAAAUACAGGGAAAUUCUUGAGGGAAACCUGUUUCAGUCUUCCAGAGAUUUGAGACUGGGACGGAGGUUCACCUUCCAGCAGGACAAUGACCCUAAGCAUACUGCUAAAGCAACACUUGAGUAGUUUAAGGGGAAACAUUUACAUGUCUUGGAAUGGCCUAGUCAAAGCCCAGACCUCAAUCCAAUUGAGAAUCUGUGGUAUGACUUAAAGAUUGCUGUACACCAGCGGAACCCAUCCAACUUGAAGGAGCUGGAGCAGUUUUGCCUUGAAGAAUGGGCAAAAAUCCCAGUGGCUAGAUGUGCCAAGCUUAUAGAGACAUACCCCAAGAGACUUGCAGCUGUAUUUUCUGCAAAAGGUGGCUCUACAAAGUAUUGACUUUGGGGGUGGUGAAUAGUAAUGCAUACUCAAGUUUUAUUUAUCUUAUUUCUUAUUUGUUUCGCACAAAAAAAUAUUUUGCAUCUUCAAAGUGGUAGGCAUGUUGUGUAAAUCAAAUGACACACCCCCCCCCCCCCCCCCCCAAAAAAAAAAAAAUCAAUUUUAAUUCCAGGUUGUAAGGCAACAAAAGAGGAAAAAUGCCAAGGGGGGUGAAUACUUCCGCAAGCCACUGUAUGGGUUCUCAAAUUGUCGCAUCUUGCAUAUUUUUUUGUUUGUAUGAUGAGUAGGAUAGCUCUCACUGAGCUCUGAGCCAACUGUAGUGCUGCAGACAGAGACUGCUGAGGCACUUUGUGAUUGGUGGAGAAGGAUAGAUCUGUGUUAUUGGUUCGUUUUUUGUUUAUGCACACAAGCACUCUGUCAGACUGCCAGACAGUGUAAUGUUGUGCCCGGCUUACUACUGUCUUUCUCCACCCUGCGUCUCUAACUGCCAAAGACGACCACUGUAAAUGGAGUUGGUCAGGUUUGUCAGCUUGAUUAUUGUAUUUUCAGCAACUAGCCUAUUUCUACAUGUAGGUCGAUAAUACUUGUUUGUUUACUGGUAUAUACAUUGGUAGAAUUUGCUGGAUGAACAUUUUAAAUGUUAAAAUGAAACACUGUUCAUCACUUAUAUCUGUGAAAACUAAGGACCUAGCUAGUAAUCAUGACUGUGUUAGUCAAAGUGAAUUUGCAUGUGUCACUACUACCUAACAUAUUUAUAAUGUUAUUGUACUGUAUAAUCAAAGGUAAUUUACUUAAAUCAUAUGAUAAUGUCCUUAGCUCUUUAUAGCCUCUUUCAAGCAUUUUCCUUACUCUGGUCUUGUAGUUUAUAUUCCAUUGAUGGUUUGUCUGUGUGUGCGUGUCUGUUGCCUUUGGUUACAUACAGUUAGUUAAAUCUCAGUUCAGGGCGAGAUUAAGUAUGGGUCUGUUUAUAUGAAAAGUGUGAUUAUAUCUUCAGGGUUUCAGAAAAGGCAUGUAACUUGUCUUUGGCAACAUUAGUCAUAGAACACAUACCUCUCUUUGAGGACUAGCCCAGUGUUUACACUGUCCUUCAUGGGUAUGUGGGUUUCUGUCACAUCGACAAUAACAAAAGAUGUUUGGACUGGUCUGCCCUGACGUCAUGGAAACAAGGAUUAGGUGCAGGAUUAGGUUUUGUUGAUGUUGUGCAUACAAAAGAUGACCCAUUCCCAUACCAUAUACAGCGACUAACUGGCUGGCUGAAUUUUUUUUCUUCUGUAAGUCCAGCUGAUACAAUUAUUUUACCUUCUGCUUUAAGUCAUGUAAGCCAAGGGUCUAAUAUCCUCAGUAUCUGCUCCAGGGUAUAGGUCUAUAAGGACCUUGGUGAGCACUGAGCACCAGAGCAUGUUUAGUCAGUGUGGGAAAGGGCCAUCUCCUUGGCAAUCCACUGUUAUUGUUAUCUUAGAGCGUCUGUGACAUCCUCCAGCAGUUUGUUUACUGGAACCCAAACAGAGCCAGCCUUAGUGGGAACUGUUUGUUGUUCAGACCUUAAUUAAGGCCCUAUUCCCACUACGAGAUAUGAAGGAGAGUCUGAGGAGUGCGGUGGCGAAAGAGAAUUCAACUUUUAAAUUCACAUUACAUCCUUGUCUUACCUUUCGUUGUGGCUGGUAACGCAACAUUCUUGGUCCAUAGCUCAAAUUUAAUGUAAAUAUCACAGUAGCCACUAGCCAGUAAGCACAAACUAUUCAACAAUGACAAAAGUUUCUUCUAAAACAUAUUACAUAAUUGAAUAAUGCAACCAAACCAUAUUACACUCUUGAAUAAUGCAACAGUUCACAAGCAUGUAUGUGCAGACAAUUAAAGGGUUUAUUUUCUCGUCUGUAGGCUACACUCUUUAGCUUCAAGACAAAAGCACAGAGUUGGGUAUAACAGCAUGUCUUCAUCAAGUAACGUUAGCCUAUCAAAAAUGAAUGAUUAAUCCACUCAUAUUAAUAUAAAAGUAUAGUAUGCCUACCUUACAACAUUACAACAAACCAGGCUUCAUUUUGAUCAAUAUCAUGCAAAUUAUGUAAUGUGGUAAAAGCGAAUUGUGACUGAAAACAUGAGUAUAACUGAAUUCCCCACGACAAGAUGUUUUAUAUGGAAGCCAUACCCGCCACCAAUAAAAAAGAAAAAAAGAAAAACCCUCAUGAUUUGUCAACGUGCACAAUUAGUCUGUGCUUCAGUCUGACCAACUACAGCCUACUGACAAUAACUACAGCAGCAGGUAGCCAGAGAAACCUAUGCGCUCUGAUCCCGUCUGGGCUUGGCCAAGGAAAACCUAAUGUCAUGUUUUUAUAGCCUAAGCAUUUUUCCUAUUUUGUUGCCUUACAACCUGGAAUUAAAAUGGAUUUUUUGGGGGGGUUUGUAUCAUUUGAUUUACACAACAUGCCUACCACUUUGAAGAUGCAAAAUAUAUUUUUUUGUGAAACAAACAAGAAAUAAGAUCAAAAAUAAAAAACUUGAGUGUGCAUAACUAUUCACCACCCCCAAAGUCAAUACUUUGUAGAGCCACCAUUUGCAGCAAUUACAGCUGCAAGUCUCUUGGGGUAUAUCUCUAUAAGCUUGGCACAUCAAGCCACUGGGAUUUUUGCCCAUUCUUCAAGGCAAAACUGCUCCAGGUCCUUCAAGUUGGAUGGGUUCCGCUGGUGUACAGCAAUCUUUAAAUCAUACCACAGAUUCUCAAUUGGAUUGAGGUCUGGGCUUUGACUAGGCCAUUCCAAGACAUUUAAAUGUUUCCCCUUAAACCACUCAAGUGUUGCUUUAGCAGUAUGCUUGGGUUCAUUGUCCUGCAGGAAAGUGAACUUCCAUGCCAGUCUCAAAUCUCUGGAAGACUGAAACAGGUUUCCCUCAAGAAUUUCUCUGUAUUUAGCGCCAUCCAUCAUUCCUUUAAUUCUGACCAGUUUCCCAGUCCCUGCCGAUGAAAAACAUCCCCACAGCAUGAUGCUGCCACGACCAUGCUUCACUUUGGGGAUGGUGUUCUCGGGUUGAUGCGGUGUUGGGUUUGCGCCAGACAUAGUGUUUUCCUUGAUGGCCAUAAAGCUCAAUUUUAGUCUCAUCUGACCAGAGUACCUUCUUCCAUAUGUUUGGGAAGUCUCCCACAUGCCUUUUGGCAAACACCAAACGUAUUUGCUUUUUUUUUUCUUGAAGCAAUGGCUUUUUUCUGGCCACUCUUUCGUAAAGCCCAGCUCUGUGGGCUUAAAGUGGUCCAGAUACUCCAAUCUCCGCUGUGGAGCUUUGCAGCUCCUUCAGGGUUAUCUUUGGUCUCUUUGUUGCCUCUCUGAUUAAUGUCCUCCUUGCCUGUUCCGUGAGUUUUGGUGGGCGGCCCUCUCUUGGCAGGUUUGUUGUGGUGCCAUAUUCUUUCAAUUUUUUAAUAAUGGAUUUAAUGGUGCUCCAUGGGAUGUUUAAAGUUUCUGAUAUUUUUUUAUAACCCAACCCUGAUCUGUACUUCUCCACAACUUUGUCCCUGACCUGUUUGGAGAGCUCCUUGGUCUUCAUGAUGCCGCUUGCUUGGUGGUGCCCCUUUCUUAGUGGUGUUGCAGACUCUGGGGCCUUUCAGAACAGGUGUAUAUAUACUGAGAUCAUGUGACAGGUGGACUUUAUUUAACUAAUUAUGUGACUUCUGAAGGUAAUUUGUUGCAGCAGAUCUUAUUUAGGGGCUUCAUAGCAAAGGGGGUGAAUACAUACAGUUGAAGUCUGAAGUUUACAUACACUUAGGUUGGAGUCAUUAAAACUUGUUUUUCAACCACUCUACAAAUGUCUUGUUAACAAACUAUAGUUUUGGCAAGUCGGUUAGGACAUAUACUUUGUGCAUGACACAAGUAAUUUUUCCAACAAUAGUUUAGACAGAUUAUUUUACUUAUAAUUCACUGUAUCACAAUUCCAGUGGGUCAGAAGUUUACAUACACUAAGUUGACUGUGCCUUUAAACAGCUUGGAAAAUUCCAGAAAAUGAUGUCAUGGCUUUAGAAGCUUCUGAUUGGCUAAUUUACAUCAUUUGAGUCAAUUGGAGGUGUACCUGUGGAUGUAUUUCAAGGCCUACCUUCAAACUCAGUGCUUCGUUGCUUGACAUCAUGGCAAAAUCAAAAGAAAUCAGCCAAGACGAAAAGUGCAAAUCAAUCCCAGAGCAACAGCAAAGGACCUUGUGAAGAUGCUGGAGGAAACCGGUACAAAAGUAUCUAUAUCCACAGUAAAACGAGUCCUAUAUCGACAUAACCUGAAAGGCCGCUCAGCAAGGAAGAAGCCACUGCUCCAAAACCGCCAUAAAAAAGCCAGACUACGGUUUGCAACUGCACAUGGGGACAAAGAUUCGCACUGCUUUGCUUUAUCUUGGCCAGGUCGCAGUUGUAAAUGAGAACUUGUUCUCAACUGGCUUACCUGGUUAAAUAAAGGUGAAAUAAAAAAAUACAACAUUUACUUUUUGGAGAAAUGUCCUCUGGUCUGAUGACAUUUUUUUUUUUGAACUGUUUGGCCAUAAUGACCAUCGUUAUGUUUGGAGGAAAAAGGGGGUUGCUUGCAAGCCGAAGAACACCAUCCCAACCGUGAAGCACUGGGGUGGCAGCAUCAUGCUGUGGGGGUGCUUUGCUGCAGGAGGGACUGGUGCACUUCACAAAAUAGAUGGCAUCAUGGCACCAGCUCUGUCAGGAGGAAUGGGCCAAAAUUCACCCAACGUAUUGUGGGAAGCUUGUGGAAGGCUACCCAAAACAUUUCACCCAAGUUAAACAAUUUAAAGGCAAUGCUACCAAAUACUAAUUGAGUGUAUGUAAACUUAUGACCCACUGGGAAUGUGAUGAAAGAAAUAAAAGCUGAAAUAAAUCAUUCUCUCUACUAUUAUUCUGACAUUUCACAUUCUUAAAAUAAAGUGGUGAUCCUAACUGACCUAAGACAGGGAAUCUUUACUAGGAUUAAAUGUCAGGAAUUGUGAAAAACUGAGUUUAAAUGUAUUUGGCUAAGGUGUAUGUAAACUUCUGACUUCAACUGUAUGCACGCACCACUUUUCAGUUAUUCAUUUUGUAGAAUUUAUUUUAAACAAGUUAUUUUUUUCAUUUCACUUCACCAAUUGAGACUAUUUUGUGUAUGUCCGUUACAUGAAAUCCAAAUAAAAAAUCAAUUUAAAUGACAGGUUGUAAUGCAACAAAAUAGGAAAAACGCCAAGGGGGAUGAAUACUUUUGCAAGGCACUGUAUUUAUAGCCUAAAAUAGGCCCAUUUAUUUGUGUUCUGAGAAAAUAUGAUUUUUUUAAUUCACACUUCGGGUGGCUAGGCUACCUACACUAUACAUACAAAAGUAAAGGACACCCCUUCAAAUUAGUGGAUUCGGCUGUUUCAGCAACACCCGUUGCUGACAGGUGUAUAAAAUCAAGCACACAAUUAUGCAAUCUCCAUAGACAAACAUUGGCAGUAGAAUGGCCUUACUGAAGACCAUCAUAGGAUGCCACCUUUUAAAUGCUGUUAUUGUGAAGUGGAAACGUCUAGGAGCAACAACGGCUCAGCCGCGAAGUGGUAGGCCACACAAGUUCACAGAACGAUUUUGGAAUUAGAUGUUCGAUGAGCAGGUGUCCACAUACUUUUGGUCAAGUAGUGUAAUUAUUGACUGGAAUUAAUCAAUCAAUACAAUAGUGCUGACAUUCUGUAUGAGUAUUUACAUGAUGCAACCAGCCAUACAGCGAGCUCAGCCCUGUUAGUUUUUGUCCAAUCGCAGUUGGUUUCUCUUUGUCUGUGUAAAGGGUUUCAUCCUCCCUAGGGCCAGGAGUUUUUCCAGGAGUUUUUAUUGUAUUUUUUUUUACCAUAAGACUUGAUUAGGAAAAUAAUCUUGUCCCUUCAUAGCCCACCCCCACCACCACUCUGGGACCUGUGAAACCUCUGAAAUCACCACACACUGUUACAAAUGAAGAAACGUAUCCUAUUUGUAUGAUCUACAUUUUUGUGCACCUAAUUUGAUAGAAAUAAGCUUUUUGUGCGUAUGGAACAUUUCUGGGAUUUUUAUUUUUAUUUUAGGUCAUGAAACAUGGGACCAACACUUUACAUGUUGCGUUUAUAUUUUUGUUCAGUAUAUUUAUUCGGCUUUAAUUAUGUUUACUGUAAACAUCCCCAGAGCUGUGGUUGUUAGGCAGAGAGGGAGUGGUAAUUGUUGGAUGCCUAGCAAAGGUUGUUCAUAUGUUUUGGUUUUUUAAAUGUAAAAAUCACUUAUGGUGUUGUUGGUGUUUUAGUUUUUCUGUUAUUUUCAGGCAAGGCUAGGUCUAAUCUGUGCUCAUUUUUAUUUGUUUGUUGGCAGGUUCCAGUCUCAGUGUCUAUGAUGACACCUCCGGUGGAGACUCCUCAGCAGACACUAAAGCAGCAGCAGGUCCUCAAUCCACAGCAGAUCCAGGCCCUGCUCCAGCAGCAGAAAGCACUCAUGUUACACCAGGUAAUCACAUCAUAUUCGCCACACAAAUCUACAUGUAAAUGCUUUUUUGUGUACUUUAAAAAAAUUGUAAUAUUAGCAGCAUUUUUAUUUAUUUCUCUAUACAUUUACAUUUUAGUCAUUUAGCAGACGCUCUUAUCCAGAGCGACUUACAGUUAGUGAAUACAUAUUUUUUUAUACUGGCCCCCCGUGGGAAUCGAACCCACAACCCUGGCGUUGCAAACGCCAUGCUCUAUCAACUGAGCUACAUCCCUGCCGGCCAUUCCCUCCCCUACCCUGGACAACGCUGGGCCAGUUGUGCGCCACCCAUGAGUCUCCCGGUCGCGGCCGGCUGCGACACUAUACAUCACCUAUUUUUCAUGUGGAUCUUCCAGUGAGAUGCUGAUGGCUUGAACGUGACCGCUGUAUUUCCUCAUGACCUUUCAUUAACUCAACAGUUUUUUUUCUACAGCAACACAUACAGGAUCUCUGCCAGAAACAGCAGGACCAGUUCAAUGCCCAGCUCCUACAGCAGAAGCAUGCUGAGAAGUCAGGCCAAGAGGUAGGCCGGCCUACAUAUUUUUUGUCAUAUGUCUGUAUUUUGCUGUCAACCAAAUGUUCCAAAGCGCUACAUAAAAUCUAUGUAUUAUUAUAGUAUUGCUGAGGCCUUGUGUAUCUCCUCCCAACUCCCCUACAGCAGCUAGCUGCUCAACACAUGGCCAUCCAGCAGCAGCUCUUGCAGGUCCAACAGCAGCACCUCCUCAGCCUCCAGAGACAGGGUCUCCUGUCUGUCUUGCCCUCCAUGAGCCCCUCUGCAGCUCAGGGUAAGUGUCUAUCCCCCAGCCCCAACCAUAAUCUAAACUACCUUCCCCUUCUGCCCCGUGCAGAUACUUGGUUGUUCUCCGCCAUGGCUGCAAGGCAGCUAUAUUUGUUGUUGUUCUCCACCAUGGCUGCUUGCAGCUUCAUUUGUUUAGGUUGUUGUUGGGCAAAAAUAUUUUAGUUAUUCGGCUGAAUUAAUACAUGUACUUGUGUAUUUCUCCUAGGUUUAAUGAAAGGGUGUGAGAAUGGCACCAGCCUGCCCUCUGGUGGUGAGAAUCCGGCCACUCUUCAAAAGAACCUGCUCCACAGCCAGCAGUCCACCACCAAUGGGAAUCAUGCAUCACAGCCCCUAAAGAAGAAAGACGGGUGAUUAGUCAUUUUGGAACAGUGUUUAUUCAUCUGUCCAACCUCUUCCUGAAGUGUAACAGUGACGUAUGUAUGUCUCUCUGCAGUGGUCCUGUGGAUGAUCACACACAAAACACUCACCCUCUCUAUGGACACGGCAUGUGCAAAUGGUCUGGCUGUGAGGCUGUCUUUGGAGACUUUCAGGCUUUUCUCAAGUGAGUUUCUCCUCGUCUAUUCAAUCUGUCAGAGAGACAAAUGAAGAUCAAUCUCUCUUACUGUAUUAGCAACACUGGGUUCCAGUGGCUUCUUGAGUGUUUUCUUGACUUAUCAUGAAAUGUGUUCAUCCCCCAGGCAUCUGAACAGUGAACAUACACUGGAUGACAAGAGUACAGCACAGUGUCGAGUGCAGAUGCAGGUUGUUCAGCAGCUGGAACUGCAGGUACAGUAGACAAGACAUUUGCUUAAAUAAAGCACAUUCAUUGUACAGUUCCUUCUCACUGUAAUCAACUUCACAUGACAUCUUUGUUGUUUCAUCUUCUCCUCAAUUAAGUUGAAAAAAGACAAAGAGCGUCUGCAAGCCAUGAUGUCUCACCUCAAAUCCUCUGAGCAAAAGUCAAAACCAGCAACACCAACGGUAAGUCUCUGGAGUAUUAAAGUGGGCAUGUCUUAAAUUCAAAUCAGGUUACCAAUAGAGCAAGAUGAGUAUUAGCCACAAUGGUAAAAUAAUCACCUUCAAGUUUGCAUUCCCUACAGCUGUGUUCUCUAUAUUGUGUUUUAAAUUCUUCUUAACUUUUUAUUUUCUAGGUGAAUCUUGUGCCCAACGUCUCCUUCUCCCAGGUGACGUUUCCCAAGGUGCGUCCUUCCAUGAGCUUGUCUCAAAGUGCCACUGCUCCUUCCACCCCCCUGACACCACCCCCAACCUCAUCCUCUAUCAUCCCACCCCACACCCUGCUCACCGUGAGCCCUGGAAGGAGAUGCUACUCAGACAGCAAGACCAUGAAAUACAGCAAGACCAUGAAUCAAGGUGAGUUAGCAGUGUGAUGCUGAACCUAAUGAGGGUAGUAGGGUACAUAUUUCUAUGAACUACUCUUAUGCCUGUGUGGUUUAUCUACUUGAAUGGCUUUAAUCAUUGAUUUUAAUAAAACACAUUUUUGAAAUUCCUUUUUUAACAGAUAUUGUUCAGAAUAAAGAGUUCUACGUCAGUACAGAAGCUAGACCGCCAUUUACAUACGCAGCCCUAAUAAGACAGGUAAGGAAUCUUUUAAUUUUAUUUCACCCUGGUUUACCCUCCAAUGAGUAAAUGUUAGCUAUACCGUAAGGAGUGAGUCUAUUGUUUGCUAAUUGAAUGUUUAUUUGUUUGCAUUUUUCCAGGCAAUAUUUGAAUCACCCUAUAAGCAGCUGACACUAAAUGAAAUCUACAAUUGGUUCACACGAACAUUUGCCUAUUUUAGACGCAACGCAGCAACAUGGAAGGUAUUUCGUUGUCUAUUUAAGUGGUCAUUUAAAUGUAUAUGAAUACCCUUGUCCUAUGUUUAGUUGCUAUGCCAUAUUCAUUACGUUUUUUAGGAAUGUUACAUGGCAUUAGAUCAACUUGUAUGGAAUAAUGUUCUGCUUUCUGACUCUGCAGAACGCAGUGAGACACAACCUCAGCCUCCACAAGUGUUUUGUGCGAGUGGAGAAUGUAAAAGGAGCUGUGUGGACAGUUGAUGAGAUGGAGUUCCAGAGGAGAAGGCCACAGAAGCCUGCUGGUGAAGGGUAUGUUUAACAUGCUUGGUCUCUCCAGUAUAGCUCCCUUUAUGUAUCUGUUUCUCAACAUGUUAAACCUGUAUUUCUGUUGGUAUUAUACUAAUAGAAACCAUGUGACUUAAGUUCGGGCAUGAUCUGAUUUAUCUCUAGAGAAACUGCAGUGCAAUGUGCGCAUUGAGUUCACAGAAAAAAUCAGAACUAAAUGGAAUUCAAAUAAUUGAACUGACAUUGGUCAAUUAGUUGAUUAAAAAUUUUAAAAUAACUGACAUUUCGGUUAAUCGCUCCGAACUAGUAACUAAAAUAAAAAUGUAUUGUGAGGAUAUGUUGUCCCUUCAUUUCCCAGUAUGUGUGUUGAAUAGAUUAACGUGGGUUUAUUUGUAACUGCAGGUCUCUCAAGAGGGAGAACACUGGCCAUGGUCACAGCUCCGCUUUCCUUACUCCUAAGGUAAAUGCUCUUUUGACUACUUUGAGUGCUAAACCCAGGACGGACGUUAGGGGGCCUGGCCACCAUACUGUAACUCCUUCCCGUCCAAAUGAAAUAUUGAUCAUUUAUUUGACAGAGAAGCCUGCCGACAGAAAGACUCAUUCAUCUCAGAUAAAGCAUCCGAGCGAAACAGUUCCCCUCUGUCCUCAGUAUGUGUAAAGCAUGUAUCUGAUGCUGUCUGGACAAAAAUAAUAUGGCAUGUCAUACUAUUUCUGCCCAGACAGCAUCAGAUACAUGGUCUACAUAUAGUAAGACAGAGGGGCGCUGUUUCGCUCGCUCGGAUGCUUUCUCCGGUGAGAGUUUCAGCAGAAAGGAAGAGGUGACACGAGGGCUCACUCUCGCCACAAAACCUGUCCAGAAUAAGCCCAAUGCGUUUCUAUGGGCAUAAUAUGCAGACCUAAGCUUGUCGCCUGCCUUCCUGCCUUUGGGACAACGACUCUCAUUAGCUUCUUAAAAAAUUAAAAAUAUCUGUGCAUUUUCAAAUCACAAGUGCCUAUGCCUAUUUGGGAAGCACGGAAUUUGGUCAGCGCACGUGGCAAUAAGCCUGGCUGAUUAUUCAGUUGCGGCUGUCAGUGAAAAGCAUCUAAAAUAUGUGUGAAGAAGAGAAUGUGUCUUGAGUAUAAUUUUAAAAUGUUGACAAGAAGAAGGGGAGAGGUGUUUGGCGAAGAUAUGGCGCGUCUCUCCAGAAUGCAUGCACUCAGGUCUCCAGAAUGCGCUCAGCUGUCUUCCACCAGUUAUUGCGCUUUCAUUGUGUGAAUUGUUUGCGUUUUGUUUAUUUUGAUCAAUUCUCCAUUUACACACAGUAACAGUCAAAAGUUUAGACACACCUACUCCAUUCCAGGGUUUUUCUUUAUUUUUACUAUUUUCUACAUUGUAGAAUAAUAGUGAAGACAUCAAAACUAUGAAAUAACACAUAUGGAAUCAUGUAGUAACCAAAAAAGUGUUAAACAAAUCAAAAUAUAUUUUAUAUUUCAGAUUUUUCUAAGUAGCCACCCUUUGCCUUGUUAACAACUUUGCACACUUGGCAUUCUCUCAACCAGCUUCAUGAGAUAGUCACCAGGAAUGGAUUUCAAUUAACAGGUGUGCCUUGUUAAAUGUUAAUUAAUGCAUUUGAGGCAAUCCGUUGUGAUGUGACAAGGUAGGGGUGGUAUACAGAAGAUUGCCCUAUUUGGUAAAAGACCAAGUCCAAGAACAGCUCAAAUAAGAAAAGAGAAAUGACAGUCCAUCAUUACUUUAAGACAUGAAGGUCAGUCAAUCCAGAAAAUUAAGAACUUUUAAAGUUUCUUCAAGUGCAGUCGCAAAAACCAUCUAUCUCUAUGAUGAAACUGGCGCUCAUGAGGACCGCCCAGGAAAGGAAGACCCAGAGUUACCUCUGCUGCAUGGUCAAAUUGCUGCAAAGAAACCACUACUAAAAGACACCAAUAAGAAGAAGAGACUUGCUUGGGCCAAGAAGCACGAGCAAUGGACAUUAGACAGGUGGAAAUCUGUCCUUUGGUCUGAUGAGUCCAAAUUUGAGAUUUUUGGUUCCAACCGCCGUAUCUUUGUGAGACGCAGAGUAGGUGAACAGAUGAUCUCCGCAUGUGUGGUUCCCACCGUGAAGCAUGGAGGAGGAGGUGUGGUGGUGUGGGGUGCUUUGCUGGUGACACUGUCGUGAUUUAUUUAGAAUUCAAGGCACAUUUAACCAGCAUGGCUACCACAGCAUUCUGCAGCGAUACGCCAUCCCAUCUGGUUUGCGCUUAGUGGGACUAUCAUUGGUUUUUCAACAGGACAAUGACCCAAAACAUACCUCCAGGCUGUGUAAGGGCUAUUUGACAAAGAAAGAGAGUGAUGGAGUGCUGCAUCAGAUGACCUGGCCUCCACAAUCACCCGAUCUCAACCCAAUUGAGAUGGUUUGGGAUGAGUUGGACCGCAGAGUGAAGGAAAAGCAGCCAACAAGUGCUCAGUAUAUGUGGGAACUCCUUCAAGACUGUGGGAAAAGUAUUCCUCAUGAAGCUGAUUGAGAGAAUGCCAAAAGUGUGCAAAGCUGUCAUCAAGGCAAAGGGUGGCUACUUUGAAGAAUCUCAAAUAUAAAAUAUAUUUUGAUUUGUUUAACACUUUUUUUUGGUUACUACAUGAUUACAUAUGUGUUAUUUCAUAGUUUUGAUGUCUUCACCAUUAUUCUACAAUGUAGAAAAUAGUAAAAAUAAAGAAAAACCCUUUGACUGGUACUGUAUGUCAACAAUAGGCCUAGUAAAUGUACCGUUAAUCCCUAUAAUUUGGUUACAUACGUUUCUGUUAAUGCAUGUAUUAAUUAGUCAUUUACUGUUCUCAUUCUUGGAGUGGAAACGUUGUUUGCAGAGUUCACAAUCUGCUACACAAGUUUUGGUUUAUUUCAUAACCAUAAUUUUUUUUCAGUGUCUUUUGUUUGGAAUGCUCCAUAUGAGUGAUGAGCAUGUCUGGUUUCUCUGUCCUGAUAACUUUGAGGGAGCGCACGCCUGAGCACGCAUAGGAGUAGGCCUACUUGGCCUGCUGCUUGCAAAUUUAGGAAAGUGCCCAUUUGAUUUCUGAUUGUCUGACAUCCACCACUAAUAAUAAGCUGAGCUUCUCAGUAAUUUUUUCUUCACCUCACACAGUAAGGCAACAAAGUCUGUUUUUUUUAUUUGUUAUUUUUAACAGUUCCUCACAGUAUUUGAAAAAUCUUUCCAACUCUCCCAGCCUCAAUAAUCACCAAGCCUCGGUGUGAAAGAGCAAAAAUAUAAUGAUCUGAUGAUCCCAUAUAUCCAGUGGAAACGUCAUUUAAAGAAACUGCUGUCUGUUCCGAGCUCACUGGCGCGGGAAACUCUGAGGGCCCGAAAUAGGCUAAUUAGAUAGAAAGGGAGGCAGACAGGCGGAGUAGAGAUGAAUGCGAUUGAAAGUACCUGAAUUUUAAUCAGGAUGUUUUUAUUUGUCAACUUUAGGCCUAUGUAUUUUACUUAGUUGUAGCCCUACUACUGCAUUGGCCUGUAGGCUAUUUCUGAGUUCCAUGCGCUAAUUUAUUUAGCCGCCAAUGGACCACGGUGUAUGAAUGUGACCAGAGGCUGGUGUUCUCGCAUUAGUUGAAUUUUAACUUUUAGACUUUUGUCAUUUUAAUUCAGAUUUUUAUGAUUAACCACGUGACAAUGGUUUUGAGAAACGAAAACGUUAUUAUCAAAAAUGCGCAUAUAAAAAUAUUCUUAACUAGCACCCAGAUCGGUAGAAAUGGUAUGAUAAAUUGUUAGCUUCCGCAAACUUCAAACUCACGAGCUGCCUAUGGUCUUUAACACCCACCCAUAAAAAUUGUGCAUGCGCGUGCGCACAUAGGAGGUCCCGUAAACAUAUUUUUUAUUUUUAAAGGUGCCCGCUUAUGGAAAUCAAAUGCCCGUCCAACUGAUUCGUUUUGGCACCGGCCCUCGAUAAACCUGUAUUUUUCUCAUUAUUCUAUAAACCUAUGGCGUGUGUCUUUUAAGGCUGAAUGGCUAGACAGUAGUAUACCUCCAUUCAAUCCAGCCUCCUAUAGGAGCUCCCUCUCUGUUCUCUGCCCUAUAUGUUCCAGCAGGAGGAGAUAAAUGCAGCUCUCUGGUAUGGGAAUGGAUCCUACAGUGACAGCAGUGAAGAGCAGUACCCUAUGCACCCACUGUGAGUUCCAUCACCAUUAAAAACUAGAUUUGGUAGAGGAAGAAAUGGUUCUCAGUUUCAGAAGUCAUCAUAAAUACCCUUUUUCCUUAUCAUGACUUUUCUUCUCAGCGUAAAAGAAGAGCUAAUGGACGAGGAGGCGUAUGAGAAUGUGCCCCAUGACUGUUCAGAGACUGAGAGCUCUGAUGAGCACAGCUCAGAUGUGGAUGAAGAAGGCGGUAGCCCAGAGAGACCCAACCUGCAGCUGGCUCAUGUGCCUUCGCAGUGAAAGAGGGACUGUAUUCCAACCUGUCAAUCUCCACUGCAAGACUCCCACAUUGGACAACUAUGAAAUAUACCAAAUGAAUAUAGAACUACUUCAUAUCAAGUGGAAAAACACACAUUUUCUGUUGAGGAAAUAAAUGACUUUUAUUUAUUGAGGAUAUUUUGUCCUCACUGUUGUACUGGGUUUUAUCCACCGGAGCUCAUGUUGAAGACAAGAGCUGAUGGCGGAAGCAUUGUAACACCCCUUGUCCUCAAAUAAUGUACCCCAAUCGGCUUAUUGUGAGGCUGUACAACCAAUGACGAAGCCCUAUGGGGAGCUGGCUCAGUGAUGCAGAGAUUAAUUUUAUUUUCCUUCAAGAAUGUGUAUAUCAAUAACCAGAGCAUUGGCAAUAUUUAUGGACAGCACUUCCUGAAGAUGAAUGUUUGUUCUCUCCCCCCAAUUAAUUUUGACAUGUGAGUACCAGACAACCACCAGAUUGUAACCAUCUGUUCUGUUUGACAUGACAUCCUUGAGAAUUGGUUACUUUUAAAAGGGAGCUGUACACUGCCAAAAAUAUGAUUUAUGUGUAACCUAUCUGUUGGGAUAUUAUUAUUUGUGUAGCCUACUAAUGGUCUUUUUUUCCCCACUGUCCCAAACAUGGCUUUUUGGACUUAUUUAGCGUUGUAUCAGACAUUCCCAUAGUUGUGCACUAAAAGCUGUCUCUAAUAAAUUCUGUAUAAAAAGUGUG